AGGCAUUUAUCGCGUUGACAUGUGAGGAAGGACCUUGGUGCCAGGAAAAUUAAAUCUCCAAUCUACACGAUUUAGGCAUUUAGUUGUUGAAAAAAAGCGAAUUCCAGCCAAGAACUUCUACUCUGAAUAUGACUGGUAACCAAGAACAUCAUGAAGAUGAACGGCCAAAACAAGAUAAUAACUCAAUACUGUCCUCGAAUAAUAAUGAAACAACCUCAAAACACUCUGAAUUCUAUAAGAAACUGCCGUUACUUUUAUUCAUUAUGGCCUAUAUAUCAUUUUGUUGUCUUGGUGCACUUUGUUUAACCCUACUAGAACGACCUACAGAAAGACUAGAAAGAUUGCGCUUACACGCUUCACAAAUCAAUUUUUUGAGGACUAAUCCAUGUGUAUCAAGUGAAGAACUUCAGAAGUUUGUUAGUUAUAUUGUAUCAGCCACAAAAAUGGGUAUAUCAAUGACACCAAUUAAAAAUAUUAGCAAAUAUGACUUACUGAGCAUUCCUAAAAAUUGGCACGAAAAUUUUUAUUUGGAAAUGAAUGCUGAAGUAAAUGCUCAACUGGAAUCAAUCGCUAGACGUAUUCUAACUGAAGAAGAAAUAAAUAACAGCAGUUGGAACUUUUAUGAAUCAGUAUUUUUUGUGAUAACAGUUAUUACAACUAUAGGUUAUGGAACAAUCAGUCCAGUUACCAUAUACGGCAAAGCUUUUUGUAUAUUUCUGGUUGCUGUUGGAAUUCCAAUGAAUGUGAUCCUGGUUUCCGUACUAGCUUCUUUGUGCAUGCCCAUUAUUCGCAAGUCACGAAAUGCCCUAGUUGAUUUUUAUUCUUAUUCAAGCGAUCAUGAUACAUAUCAUAACAAGCAUAAUAAAAAUUGGAAACAUUCAAAUUUCAAUUCUUUAAGCGGACAUAGGAAAAGUAUGGAAGAUAUUAAACCAUACCUAAAUAAGGAAAAUAAACAUAGAGUUUCAAAAUUGUUUUUCAAGCUUAAAUCUCUUUUCCGACGACAAGGUAAUGCUCCAGACGGACGAAGUGAAUCGAGUGUGCUUCAUAGAUCGUUAUCCAACAGUCGUUUAUCGAAUAACAUCGUGAAAAAAAAUCAUCCACCAACAGUAUGCAAUAUCACUGAGCCAAAGAAUGUCGUCGAAAAUGACGGAUUAUCAAAUAAAACUGCCUCAGUGACUUCCUUAUCAACAUCUUUAUCAACAAACAAGACUCAAUCUCAAAGUUCUCUGACAAUAAAAACAGAAAAUUAUCCAAAAGAUUUUAAUAAUGAUGAAAACGAUCAUGAAAUCUCAAAGCAUGAGCAAUCAAAUAAACCAAUAUUAUCUAUUAUGAAACAUCAUGAACUUCAUAUAAAUAAUGACAUAUCAAUGAAUCCCAGUUUAGCUUCGGUAAAAAUUAACAGGCCGAAAACGGUACUUGGUCACACUAAUGUACCGAAAAAAUUAACACAUAAAGUUUCUUUAAGUUUUGCAGCAAAUAACCAACCAGAUGCAGCUGACAACAGAAUAAAUCAGCUGGACACAACUCAAUCAUCUCCUAGUCAAUUCAGUGGACACACUGAAAAAGAAACUUAUGUAAAAAACGUUGAUAAACCAGCUCGACAUUCAUUGAGUGAAAUAUUUAGAGAAGUAACACAAAAUACAUGUAAUCUUAAUGAUUGCUUUUCUACAGAAACUUCACUAGCUGAUCGUGCUCAUAUUUCUUGCAUAGCAUUUCUACAUUACUUGUUAUCUAGAAGUGAUUUGGCUUUAACUACACAAGUUAAACUUUCACAAUUUCGAUAUGUGAAUGUACAUCAUGGUAUAUUUCGUUUACGAUUAUUACAUUUCUUCAUUGUAUUUUGUGUAGUAAUUACAUGCUCAGUACUUAUACCUGGGAUUAUAUUUACAUAUUUAGAACAGAAUUGGACAUAUUUUGAUGCAAUUUACUUUUGUAUCAUAUCACUUAGUGCAGUUGGUUUUGGUGAUAUGGUUGCAAGUGAAAGUAAAGACAGCAGUGCAUCAUCAUUAGUAACGAUAUUAUAUGUGAAGAAUAUUUACAGAGUAAUGACUGCAAGUGAGUCCCAUAUAUUUAAUCAUUCUUUGGAUACUUGACUGAUAUAUUUUUUGGAAACAGAUCACAUAAUAUAAAGACCUUGUGUAAAGUGCUACUAAAUUUCUCUAUUGACCAGAAAUGUGUAUAUUCAAGUCUCAGGAAAUUCAUAUUUCUAAUAUGGCGACAUAAAAUAACGUGUCACAUUUCAUAGUCUUAGUAGUAAAAAUAAUAAGUUAGUAUAUUGUUUACAUUUAUUAAUGUACUUUCCAAGAACAUUUUCAAAUUAGACUGCUAUAGAGCUGAAUUCUCAACUAAAUGUCGUACUUUUUUAUUCUCUUUAGCACCAUAUUAAUUCGUUGUACCACCAUAUUUAUACACAAUAUGUGAUGUUAAUAUAUUUCUCAAAAGUUAAUUGGGGAGUCUCCAUUGAAAUGCAACUAUUAUUUUAAAGUUGUCUUUUGAUUGCAUUAUAUUCUUAAUCUCAAUACCAAACAUAUCAAUUGAAUAGUUUUGCUUCAGUGAAAACGUAAGCAGGUCGUAAAUCUACCCCUCUAAUGGCUCACUGUUGCCAUAAAAACGACAACCUCAAAAGUACUUCCAAGUUUAAAGAAAUUUAAAUUUCACUUAUAACCUAAAAUUAAGACAGCGGAAGAAACCUACUUCAUUAUCACGAAAAAAAUAAGCUAUUCAGCUAUGGAAAUUUUAUUCUCAACAAUGUCAGCUGUCAAAGAUGUACAAUCGUAUUUAUGGGUCACUUUACACACAGCUUCUAAUAGCAAAGAGAGGUGUUGCAUUAUUUACCGAAGCUAAUAAAAAUCAUCGAAUGUUUUUGAAUACUGAGCAAACGUUCGCUUAUAGUUUUUAAGGUGAAGAAACAUACUUACACCUGUUACCCCUUUGUGGAGAUAUAUAGGCCUCCCACCAGCAUUGUCCAUCGAACCGUAGAGAAGUAACAUAAAAACAACUUACGAAGGGAAAACAGCUGUCCAUUCUAAGAAUCUAAAAAGGAUACAGGAUCAAACAUCAAGGGGAAACCACAAUCUUUAAAAUUAGGAUUGUCAGGAACAUCAUAAAGUUAAGAAUUGCCCAUUUCUGUCUUGUAUAGUAAAGCAAAUUCAAGUCGGUGAACAAAGUUAUGAUCCGAACUCCUGCUAAUCCAGUUUUUUUUAUUUUGAAAACGCUCUUAUAAGACAAUUCCAGUAGAGUUACGUGACCAAAGUUAACUAUGUGUUCAAUAAUUCAAUCAUUAACUGGUUGAUAACCACUCCAGAUAGUACUAGGACACGCGGUCAUAAAGUUCACGCUUUUGCAAUCAAUAUAGCCUACUACCUAAGAACAAAUAAAAUGACAAAUAAACACUAUGUUCACUCAAAGUCGCAGUUUAUCCUUAAUACUACACCCCCCGACCAAACAUCUAUUCGAGUGACAAAUUCAGAGCUCAGCAAAAUAAAAAUUAUUUCAUUGCAUCUUGAUGGCUGGUUUUCAGAAUUUUUGCUGCUGGGCGCUGUUCGAAUUCAAUAUUCAUGAACAAAAUCUAUUUCAGUAUCGUAAGAGCUUUCCCAAAUUGAAGUUUUGAUUUCAAAUUACGUUUGAUGAACCUGUGGGGCCUACCAAUAUCCAUAAAUAUUUGCUGAAUUUAAUCAAUCAAUUAUUGAUUUUCGCUUUCAUAGCUUUGUAGAUAAAGUGCGCAAUUAACACAUUCUAAAAAUAUGUAUGUUCAACUGGACUUUAGUUUAUUUAGUGUUGGGAACCACAU